AUGACAGCGGGAUUUGGAGACGGAGGAAUUGGCACGAGCGGUCGGCCAGAGCAGUUGGCAUCGAGGAGUUGGUGUACAGGAGUUGAUCAUGAUUGGUUUUGUGAAAGAGCCAUACUUGUACCAAAGAAUGAGACUGUCCAGGUUGUCAAUUGGAAACUUAUGCAAUCAAUCAAUACUGAGAAAAAAAAUUAUUUCUCAGUUGAUACGGUUGUGGACCUCAAUGAGGUUGUGAAUUACCCUACUGAGUUUCUUAACUCUUUGGAUCCUCGUGAAAUGCUUUCUCCCAAACUGACAUUGAAGAAAGGAGUUCCAAUAAUGCUUUUGAGAAAUCUGAAUCCUCCAAAGCUGUGUAAUGGAACAACACUGAUUAUCAGGCAAAUGCAUCCACAUCUUUUGGAAACAACAAUCCUCACUGGACAAGGAAAGGGAGAAAAUGUGUUUAUUCCAAGAAUUCCACUAAUUCCUGCAGACAUGCCCUCUGAAUUCAAGGAACUUCAAUUUCCAGGAAGAGUUAAUUUUGCAAUGUCAAUUAACAAGUGUCAAGAAUAA